AAGUUUUGUGUCCCAAACAGAAAAAAGAAAAAAAUGAGGAUUUGGGACUAAACGGACCAAGCUGGACUCCGGGAAGGGGAAAGGGGCUGAGAAAAAUGGCGGCGAGACAGAAAGCGGUGGCGACGCUGCCGAAUCUCAUCAGAAGCCUCAGAAAGGAUCGCCGGAGGCCCGGUCUCAGCCAGCCUCUGCCGUCGUUGAGACGCGCUUUUUCACUUUACGAUCAGAUCAAUCUCAUCGACAAUGUUCCUGAAGAUCAGCUUCGCUUUCAACGGUAUACUGAGACGGGUUUUACGGUAAACGGAGUGGAUUAUGAAGGGAGCUUGCUCUGCGUUGGGAACUUGUUAAUGUCGUGGAGUCCCAGGAAAUUUUCGGAGAUUACGGCUGAGAGCUGAUGACUUUUCCUCACUUGGAGGCUUGUUUAUCUUCUUUCUCUAAUUUCAGAAAUUCUACUUCUUGGCUGUGGGAAAUAUACUGAACCAGUAAAUCCUGAAUUAAGGCAGUUCAUUCGUUCCACUGGCAUGAAGUUGGAAGCUGUAGACACGAGAAAUGCGGCAUCAACAUAUAAUAUUCUAAACGAGGAAGGUAGAAUUGUGGCUGCAGCGCUUCUGCCCUAUGGAGUUUCUUCAUGACCCCCUAGCCAAGCUCCACAGACAUUCCUAUGAUACUUCUCAACUUGCAGGAUUCUUCCAGGCUUCAGCCCUCGAUCUUACAAGUAUUCCUAAGUGCUUUGGUCUCAAGUAGUCGUAGAAUGACUGCAAGUACUUGUUGCCUGUCCUUUUUUUUCCCUGUAUAUACUGUUAUGGUUGAAACAUGCAAUAAGCAUUUAGAAAUUUAUAUACUCGCAUGAAAAGUUAAGUAUACUCUAAUUUAUUUCCUGAUUACCUUGUCUUGUAAGAACUGGAUCUUCUUCCAAGUGAAGCUUUCCUUUCAAGGUCGAACUUCUUUUAGUUACAUCUCUCCUUUUUAAGUCCUCUUAGUACUUGUGGGAGAGAUUUAAUGUAGAAGGAUGUUUGGAGAUAUCCUUCAAGUUUCUAAGUUGGAAAAUAUAGGUCCCGGUUGAUAAUCA